AAUUUUGAUUUUUAUGUACAACAAUAUCAUAGCUCGUUAAAAUUUAAUGAAAUUAAUAUAAGUACAAUAAAAUAUUCUUUGCUUUAUUCUGAUAUAAAGGAUGAAGUUGUGGUUUUAGUUCAUUGAUAAAGCAAUAACCUAUACUAUGGAGGUGGCUAGUACAGGCACGAGUUCGCCGGGACUGAUAGGGACGGCGCCGCUUCUGCCACCGCCGAUGUUGGCCGGAAUGGCUCCACCGAUGCCGCCGGCGGUGGCUAUGCCGCCGGUCCCGGGCAUGCCGCCUAACAUGGGACCGAUACCGCCCAUGGGAUUCCCGCCGAUGAUGCCCUUCUCAAUGCCACCGCCGGGUUUUCCUGGAUUCAAACCGGAAUUAGCACCUGCCCCUGAAAUGGCUGCUAUAACUGCCCAGGGGAGUCCUUGGUCGGAGCACAAGGCACCAGAUGGCAGGACUUACUACUAUAACUCUUUGACUAAGCAAAGUUUAUGGGAAAAACCUGAUGAUUUGAAAAGUCCAGCUGAGAAAUUGCUGUCAUCGUGUGUGUGGAAGGAGUAUACAACGGACUCAGGGAGAGUGUACUAUCACAACAUUGAGACUAAAGAGUCAAGCUGGGUAGUUCCAAAGGAGUUACAAGAUAUCAAAGACAAAAUAGCUGCAGAGGAAGCCGCACAAGCAGCUUUGAAUGCAGAAGUACCUCCAGGGGAAGUGCCAUUGCCAGCUUCUCCCGGAGUGUCCGGCUCCUCAGCUCUCGAUGAAGCCAUGGCUAAGACACUCGCAGCUAUUGACCCAUCACUUGCCAAUGCCAUACCUAUACCUGAGGAAAUUAAACCAGAGGAGAUAGUGGCUCCACCACAAAGUAACGGUGAGGCUACGGAGCAGAUUCCAGAGCCACAGUACAAGGACAAAAAGGAAGCUAUAGAAGCGUUCAAGGAACUCUUGAGGGACAGGAAUGUGCCCUCAAAUGCUACCUGGGACCAGUGUGUCAAGAUAAUCUCCAAGGAUCCAAGAUAUGCCACAUUUAAGAAACUGAAUGAGAAAAAACAGGCUUUUAAUGCCUACAAGACUCAGAAGUUGAAAGAUGAGAGAGAGGAACAGAGACUGAAAACUAAGAAGAAUCGAGAGAACUUGGAGGAGUUUUUGUUGGGAUGUGAUCGAGUUACAUCUCUGACGAAAUAUUACAAGUGCGAGGAAAUGUUUGGAAAUCUAGAGUUGUGGAAGUGCGUGCCGGAGUCAGACCGGCGUGAUAUUUACGAGGACUGUAUGUUCACCAUCACCAAACGUGAGAAGGAGGAGGCAAAAGUCCUUAAAAAGAGGAACAUGAAAAUGUUGGCGCAGGUGCUAGAAAAUAUGACAGAAAUAACAUACAGCAGUACAUGGAGUGAGGCUCAGGUUUUACUGCUAGAGAACGCUUCCUUCAAGAAUGAUGUGAGUCUACUGGGAAUGGACAAAGAAGAUGCUCUGAUUGUUUUCGAGCAGCACAUAAGAAAUCUGGAAGCAGAAUACUUACAAGAGAAAGAACAAGUGAAGAAGAAGAACAAACGCCAGCAGAGAAAGAACAGGGACAACUUCCUGGCCCUGUUGGACAGUCUCCACGAGGAGGGCAAGCUGACGUCGAUGUCACUGUGGGUGGAGCUGUACCCCGUCAUCUCCGCCGACAUGCGCUUCUCCGCUAUGUUGGGUCAAAGUGGUUCUACCCCGCUAGAUUUAUUCAAGUUUUACGUCGAGAAUCUAAAGGCUCGUUUCCACGACGAGAAGAAGGUUAUCAAGGAGAUAUUGAAAGAGAAAAGUUUCGAGGUUAAACCGGACACGACGUUCGAGGAGUUCGCCACUGUGGUGUGUGAGGACAGCAAGUCCGCAUCACUGGAUGCCGGCAACGUCAAACUCACUUAUAACUCGCUGUUAGAAAAGGCCGAAGCUAAGAAUAAAGAGAAGAUAAAGGAAGAAUCGAAAGCCCAAAAGAAAGUGGAGAGUGCUUUCAAGUGGGCUUUGACUGAAGCCAAUGUUGACCACACGCUGCCAUGGUCCGAGGUCAAAGAAAAGCUGGACCUGAACGCACCUGAGUUUGAGGCCAUACCAAACGAAGAGGAUAGGAUAAGAGUGUAUAAAGACUAUCAACAUGAGCAAGAAGAGAGCUGCCUGCACUACCACCACCCCAAGGCGUGCAAGUCCAAGAAAUCCAAGAAGAAGAAACGGUCGCAUGCCGCAUCAUUGUCGCGGUCGCCGUCGCGGUCGCGGUCUCUGUCGGCGCCGCCGUCGCCGGUGCGCUCGUCGUCGGCGUCGCGCGACUCGGAGGACCGCAAACACAAGAAGGCGAAGAAGAAGCAUCGCAAGCAUACGCCCGUGCCGAAGUCUCCAACACCGGAGGAGGGCGGCAUAUCAGACGAGUCUCCGCCGCGGCCGAAGCGCAAGAGCAAGCGCAGCGCGCCGAGCUCCCCGGAAGGAGAGCCGGGAGAGCUCACACACAAAAAGAAGAAGAAGGAGAAAAAGGAAAAGAAGGAGAAGAAGGAAGAAAGGUCUGGCGCCUGGAGCGAUGCGGAGUUAGAGUCGCGGCGCGCGGCGCUACUGGCUCAGCUGCACGAGGCGGACUGACGACGGACGACGCACGUGCGCAUCUACAACCGCUACCCCGCGCGCCGCACCCCGCCCCCCGCGCCCGUAGCCCCGCCCCUUGCGAUACAUAGUGACAGCUCCAGCGAGUAAAGCUUGCUAAAGUGUAUACUUCAUUAGUUUAGUGCGUUUCUGCACGAACUGCGUUGCGAGGAAUGUGUUUCUGAGAACGAUUAGCUAUGUCCACACUGUGUAAUUUCAUCUUCAACUUUUAUAUUGGCGCAUUCAAUAAUUGAAUGCGUCAAGGAACGCAACGCCAAUAUUGUCA